AUGCGUCUCUCAUCUCUCAUCUCGACCACUAUUGCGGCAUACGCCGUCUUUGCCACGGCCAAAGAUGCAAACACAACAAGCUCCAGCUCGAAUGUUCCCCCUCCCCUCCCUACUCGCCCUCCCGAAACGACAAAACCCGGACGCUUGGUCGUGAUUGACGGUACUGGUGUCACGUUCGAGUUCUCGACUGGUCAACCUCAUUCGAAGAACUGGAUCGGCAUCUGGCACGAUUACUACGGCGCCCCCGUCAACGGCAGUUGGGUUCAGGAUCAUUUGGCGUGGGCUUGGGCCGACGGAACGCAUGGAACCGUCGAGGUUGACAUUGCUGACCUCCCAGCUGGCAGAUAUCUUGCCUAUCUUCUAGCCCAGAAAGGCUACAAGGAGCUGGCCGACCCAGCCGACGUGUACAUUUCCCGCAACCGAUCCAUGCGAUUCAUACCCGAGACCUUCACCACCCACAACGCGCGCGUGGGGGACGCCUUCAGUGCCGACAUCAGCGGGCUUCUCACCAACGUCAAGAACGGCAACAUGUCGUACGCGGUGAUUCCCCCCAGCAACGCAGACUGGGUGUACGUCACGUCCCGGGGCGUCAUACGGGGCAAGCCCAAAAAAUCCGGGCUCAGCCGGUUCUCGGUCCGAGCCACCAGCGCCGACAACGACACCGCCGUGCUGCCGGUAGCCGUGCCGGUGGCCCCCCUGAAAAGGCCUCUGGUCCGGAACAUCCGGGUCCUGACGCUCAACCUCUGGCUGGGCGGCCGCAACGUCGUCGACUACCACACCAAGCAGGUCUCGUUCCUGGCCUCGCAGGACGUCGACGUGGUCGCCCUGCAAGAGAGCUACUUCCAAGACGGGCGCCGGCUGGCCAAGGCCCUGGGCUGGAACGUCUGGCAGGCCAAGGACGUGUCCAUCCUCUCGCGGUACCCCAUCGGCCGCGUGUACCACGAGAUCGAGGCCGGGGGCAUCGUCCGCGUCGACCUCGACGGCGACGCCAAGCAGCUCCUCGUCUGGAACGUGCACCUCAACAACGCCCCCUACGGCCCGUACGACCUGUGCUUCACCAACUUCAGCACAAACUACAUCCAGCGGCGCGAGGAGUGGGCGCGCCGCGUCCAGCAGGUCUACGAGAUUGUCCACCGGCUCAAGGAGUACAAGGAGCGCAAGCCCGAGUUCGAGCUGCUCCCGCAGAUCCUGGCCGGCGACUUUGCCUCGCCCUCGCACCUCGACUACACCAUGAAGACGCGCGACCUGCACUGCAAGGGGAGGGACCCCUUUCCCUGGCCCGUCUCGCGGCGUGUCGUGCUCGACGCCAAGUGGCAGGACUCGUUUCGCGACGUGUUCCGCGACCCGUGGAAGGUUCCGGGCAACACGUGGUCGCCUGUGCGCAGGCUCAACGGCGACAGGCCCGAGCCCAUGGAUCGCAUCGACUUUAUUUACCACAAGAAGUUGAAGACGACGCGCUCGGAUGUCGUCGUCGUGGGAGACCCCAAGCCGGAGCCCUACCAUGCAGAUAACGAGUGGACGUCGGACCAUGCGGCGGUUGUGAGUGAGUUCCAGUUGCCGUAG